AUGGCGCUGCGCUCGCCCACGUUCCUGCAUCCCUGUGACAGCUGCAGCAGCUCGCCGAGUCUCCAGCGCUCGCGGUUAUCCCUGCAGCUUGUUGCCGCUCGGGACCCGUCCGACGAGACGGACGCUCCUCCUCCUCCUCCUCCUCCUUCUCCUUUGGACGCACUCCCGUUCGAACGACCGGACCUUCUCCAGUGUCCCGAGCUGCUGCUGACCGGACUGGAGCUCGAGACGCGGACGCCGCUGCGGCUCUUGCAUAAGAAAGGGCGACGCUUUGAGUCGCCGUGGGAGCCGUUUUUCGUCGGGAUUUACGCGCACGCGCUGUUUUACUUUGCCGAUCGAAGCGACUGGCCACACGGCGUCGUCCCGCUCGUGAAUGCCGACGUGAAGGCAGUGGACCGUAUGUUUCGACAAGGAGAUGCGAGCAAUGGCGGCGACGACUGCGGUCCGUGCUGGAAAGUCACGUCUUCUAGUGGACGUGCGCUGCUGUUUCGCGCGCCGUCGCAUGACGCGCGUGUCGAGUGGAUCGAGCAGCUGCGUCGAGCGGCAGGAGGAAAACGACGGAGUUUAGUCACGACGACACAUAGUAUGGAUGGGAAGGCGGCGCUCGCUCUCGCGAGGAGACUCGGGCGGUCUGCGAGCUCGGCGUCGACGUCGUCGUCGAGUGCGGGAACGUUGCAGGGAUCGCCGCGAUUACGGACAGUUUCGUCGUGUGGACGAUGGCAGAAGAAAGUAAUCGUGGAAGACAAGUGUGACCAGACAGAGAGGCUGCGGGAUGCGCUGCAGAUGGUGGAGAAGCAGCGACGUGAGAUUCAGGAAUUGCAGGAACGGUUGAAGACAUUUGAAAUGGCGGGACUUGGGAUGAAAAUUAAAGAGGAAAAAAGCGAAGGUCGAGAUAUAAAAGCUGAAGUGAGCGAGAAGAGACAGAAUGAAGACGAUGUACGAACUCGAGUCGAUGAGGUUAUUAAACGAGACGUACGAGCUGGGACAGAUGACGUUGAUGAAAACGAGCUGGAUCUGAACGCGAUGCUGAAUGAUGCUCCCAUUGGAUUAUGCAAGGUAGCUCGCGCUUCGGCGAUUUCUGAUGUGCUCUCUGACGAUAAGGAAACUUCAGCAACUGAAGAGGACGACGAUGAAGAUAUUGACGAUCGUGUAUACGACAACAAACAAGGAAAUGAAAGGGAAGGUACCCAAAACUGGGCGAUGGUGGAUAAGUCCACAGGGACAUGUUUGGACCCCGUGGACGGACUGGCUACUGAGGAUGGCUCGAUUGAAUUAGAAAUCGGGAUGACGAAUCCUUCAUGUGACCACUCGCCUCCGUUCUUGGGAAAGUUGCCUGCGUUGAAACCACCUCAGCAAGAGGCUGUGUCGGCACCGGCAAAGCCCGUUCCUUCUACGUCCUCACUGAGUGCAGCAUUGUCGCAUUGCCACGAUGCAGCGGAAAAUGGGUCGAUUCAGCAGCAAGCAGCAGAAAAUGAAUCAAUCCAGCAGCAAGCAGCAGAGCUGGUUGAAAUGGCGCGCAGCUUGAAUAAGGAUGACGCCAGUGACUCAUUCUUGGCUCGUAAAAGCAGCGACGACGGCUCGCUACCCUCCAGCUUCAAAGGAUCACACAGUGGUGCAUGCAUCCUUGAUUCGAAUGCUGGCGCUGGAAAUGAUUUUUUGCAGCAGCAAGCAAUUGAGCUCGCCGAGAUUGCUCGCAACUUGCAGUCUUCGUAUCGAGCGGAUCCUGAUUCGUCAAAGGUUGCGUCAACGUCGACCUCCAGUUCAUCGCUGAAUCUGAAGUCACAAGAUUCUUUUUCUGGCAUGACAGACUUUGGCCUGGAUCAGAUCAACUCAAACGGCAGCGACGAUAGCAUUUUCUCCAUUACGCAAGAUGAUCUUUUCUUUGAUGAAGACGAGGAUGGCGAGAUCGAGCGUCUGUCCGAGUUUGAUGCGUCUGACAGCCAGUUUUUGGAGGCGAGUGGCUUCCUUGACUCGAUUCAUCAAGUCAUGAAAGACUUCAUUGUGUCCACCCGCCCGGACCCGUCGCGUGUUUCGGAACAGUCAGUUAUCAGUGAAGAAAUCGUUCCCAGAGAUGCGUAUAUCGGCUCACCAGAGGGUGCCGACAGUCUUGAGAAGAGUUAUAGGCAGCGUGCAUUACGAAUGGAGACUCCUGCGGAUGGGCUGCCCAGUGGGACAAGUCCGAGGAUACGAAGUCUCUUUUCUCAUGCCCGCUCAGCACGUGACUUUUUCAGUGGAGACACUGAUCGAGCUCCUGUGUCGCAUGUACCGAAGGACAUUUCAUCCCUUGUCGUCGAGGACACGAUGUCAGUUGUGGCUUCGAUCCUCCAGAGCGCGGGGCGUGAGGACAAGAUGCGUUUGCUGUCUCCUUUCCUCCGCAUCUUUGGAAGUCACAACCGCCUAAGCCACCUCAUGCGCUGGGCAAUCGAGAUAGAAGUAGCUUCUGUCAUCAACGUGGCAACACUGUUUCGCUCGGAUGAUUAUGCGAGCAGGUUUGUUUCCACGUACAGUAAAGCGAUCGGAUCAAAGUUCAUCCGUGUAGCUCUGUCCGAUCCCAUUCGUCAGAUAUUUAAGUUGAAGAUUGCCGACAUGGAGCUGAAUCCGCAUAAAGAGGAGUCGCUGCAAGAUGAGGCACAAGCGGGUUCCAACGCCGCGAACUUGAUGCUGGCGUGUCAAAAUAUUAUUGAUUCGAUCAUGAAGAACGCUCACUGCAUUCCGUCGUCUUAUUUCCACAUUUGCUCCCAUUUGAAUUCGGUUGUUAUCAGUCGUUUCGAUGGCUCAAAAGAAGGUGUAGAGGCGGAGGAUACAUCAACGUUGACUCGGUCUGUGAUCGGAGGGUUUCUCUUCCUCCGCUUCGUUUGUCCAGCCAUUACCACUCCGCAUUUGUAUGGACUAACCAAGCUGCUUCCUCCGCCUGAGACGCGCCGUGUACUCGUGCUGGUCACAAAACUGCUAUUUAAGACAGCGACUGGCGUGAAAUUUGGAGACCGUGAGCCCCAAUUUCAGGCUCUCAAUCCAUUUAUCGAGAAGAAUUCUCCAGCAAUUCAGCAGCUCUUUGCCAACUUGGCUAUGUCCCCGAGUCAAGAUAUCGACGAAUGCUUCGCUUCGGAUAGCCGCAAGAUCUACUCGCACGUAUCUUCAUCGCAGUUAGUCGAGGAUUUGGAAGUCAUCCGGUCUGUCUCGGAGAAGAACAUUGAAGAGAUUGAGAAGAAGUUGGAGGACUGCAAUUGCGCACCCAGGGUAACCGAGAACUUCAAGGCGGCUGUGCUGCCAAGCUCCGAUCCACUUCAGAAGAGCUCGUUGACGAAGAAAUUGAGUGCCAAUAUGAAGUUCCUUAGCGGCUUUGGGAAGAAGCCCAAGACGCAGAAACAGUCCGACCAGUGA